GUCGGUGGUUGGUGGGGUGUUGGUCCGGGGCGGCUAUUAAUUCAGCGAGCGUGAGUCCACUUCGCAUUUUGAGCGACGCCCCCGAAAUUCCGUCUCGGCGUGUUUGCAUACCCUCCGCGGGGGGAACGCGGGGACGGACGGGGAGAGGUGGAGGAAAUCGAAAAAAAAAAAGGUCCGCGCCGUCCGUACGCGCUCGGUUCACACGAAUAUAGUUCGCGACUCCGCCGUGGAAUCGAUGGGCGCUUUGCUCGGACCGGGUCGCUAGAAGCUCUCCAGGACUGACGCUGCUGCAGAGAAUGGGAAUAGGGACACAGGCCAAAGCUUGCCAUUUUGGCUGAAUUAACAGCAGGACGGUUGUCAACCACACAUUGGCUUCAAUCCCCCUUUCCCUCACCUCCCCUCUCACACACACACACACGCACACACACACACGCACGCACGCACGCACACACACACACACACACAUUCACUGCUAUGUCCACUGCCGUAGACAUCGCUGGUCCUUCCUCCCCAGAUCAGGCCCACAGCAGUGCUAAAAUCCCCAAUGAGCCACUGAGACCAAGCCUUAAGCGUUCCAGCCACCCUUACUCUCUUUCCCAUUACAUCUCCACUCCCUCUCCUGCCAUGGACGUCACUGGCCUGAUCCAGCCCUCUGCGGCCCAGCAGCACGCCGCUCAGCCGGGGCAAGCCAAGCCCCGCCGGGCCCCCUCCUGGCCUGACAUGUGGGAGUCCCCCAGCGGGCUCCACCUGGCCCACGCCGCAGAGCUGCUGAUGCGUGCGGGGCUGCUGGCCCUCACCCCCGCCACGGAGCAGGCCGGGCUGGGUACGCAGAGCACCCAGCCGGCCCAAGGGGAGUCCGGCCAGGCCAAGGGGGAGAAGGGGGAUGGAGAGGGAGGCGGAUCGGGGCCCGAGGAGGAGGAAGAGGACUCCCUGGGAUGCGGAACUGAGUUUCAGCCCUUCCUCGGAGCCUGGUUUCCUUUCAGCCCUGCUCUGUUCCCACUGGCAGGCUUCCAGAUGGGGGGAGGCCGCUGGAGGAACAUGACCGUGGGAGGCGAGGGCGUGGAGGGGCUGGUGGCCGAGGGCUACUCCCCCGGGUCUCUGGGCGGAGGCAGCGGCAGCAGGAGAAAGCGAAAGCGGUGCGGGGAGUGCGUGCCGUGCCGGCGUCAGAGAAACUGCGAACAGUGCAGCAGCUGCCGCAAUCGCAAGAGGGGACACCAGAUUUGUAAAUACAGGAAGUGCGAGGAGCUGAAGAGGAAGCCGGGAGGCCCCGGGUUCGAGACCAGAGUUCCGGGGUUUGACCUGAGAGGCUCCGACUUUACUUUAGGCCUGGCACAGGAGAGAGGCAACGGGGCCUUGGACGGAUAGUGGCGCACGCCGUGGCGGCGCUUGCGUGGAGGAUGAUGGUUGGGUGAUUGUUAAGGACCUGCAGCAUCAGAUACACAGGACGCCAUGUUAACAUGCGUGUGGCAUAAUGUUGUGGCAUAAAGAUCAUCAGAUCGUGUGUUGAAUUGAGGAGCCGCUGCUCCGGCUGAGAAUGUUCACACUCGCUCCCAUCUUUUCUUUUGACAAUCAGCCACACAGGGGUGGUGAGAGAGAAACGUGUGUCGAUACUUAAAGAAAAAAACAAAACAAAAAACAAAACAAAAAAAAAACAAAAAAAAAACAA